AUGACCAGAUACAUGCAUGCGCACAAGAACAUGGAAGAAGGCAUGUGUGACAUAUUCAAUAUAAUGACAAGAAAUGGUAUUCCGCAUCAAGCAGCAUUAAAUAUGAUGGUGGAUCUGUAUGAUGGUAGGCAUAUGUGGGGUUUUACAGAGAAGGACAUAAAAAACAUGAAGGCGGAGAAGGUUAGAGAAGAAAGAGACGAUGAUCUUAACAAGCUUCUCCAAUUUUUUAGGGAGUGUAAGGAGAACAAAGAGCACUUCUACUGGAAUGUGGAUGCAGAUCCAAAAACUGGGGUGGUGAGGAACAUAUUCUGGAGUCAUGUAAGCCAAAGGGCUGAGUACAGAGACUUUGAAGAUGUCAUUACAUUUGACACAACGCACAAAACAAAUAGCAGGCACAUGCCACUAACCAUGUUUGUUGGGGCCAACAAUAACUUGAAUAAUGUGACAUUCGGGCAAGCGCUGAUUGGUGAUGAGUCAACUAAAUCAUUCAGGUGGUUGUUUGAGACCUUCAAGAGCUGCAUGGGUGGUCGGCAGCCCCAUGUAAUCCUAACAGAUGAAGAUCCAGCUAUGAGGCAAGCGAUAAAAGUGGUUUUUGACAAGACACAUCACAGAAACUGUCGCUGGCACAUCCUAAGGCCGUGGGAGUUUGAGCUGGACCAGCUCUACACCCAACACAAGGAUAUGAAACUGAAAGAAAAAUUGGAAUCUUUGAUAAAUUAUCCACUUGGGCCAAUGCAAUUCGAAGUCGAAUGGAAUAGGCUAGUUGAUGAAUGUGGCAUUGCUGAACACCCUGCAAUAAAAGCUCUGUGGGAAAAAAGGGAGAGGUGGAUUUCAGCUUACUUUAAGGGGAUGUACUGUGGCAGAAUGACAUCAACACAGAGAUCGGAAAGCCAGAACAUGGUGCUCAAAGAUGGCUAUGUUAAUGAGAGUACAAACCUGCACAUGUUUGCUAAAAGGAUGCUAGACUCACUUCAGCACGCAGACGACAUGGACGCCGGGGAGACACACUUCGCCUAG